AUGGUCCGUAAACUCAAGCACCACGAGCAGCGACUCCUCCGCAAAGUCGAUCUCCUCACCUACAAAUCCGAUGGUCCUUCCCACCGUGAAGCUGCCGUGCGACGUCGCUACCAUCUAAACCACCCGCUCGAUUAUUCCAAAUAUAAUGCUCUUUGCGGUCGGCUGAGACAACUUGCGCAUCUACUAUCAAAUCUUGACCCUACCGAUCCGUACCGUGUGGAAAUGGAGACCGUCGUGUUGGAAAAACUCCACCAAAUUGGGAUCCUGAAGCAAAAUCGCAGCCAAGGAGCCGGAUUGUCUUCGGUGGAAAAGGAUGUUACAGUCAGUGCAUUCUGUCGUCGCCGCUUGGGCAUAGUGAUGGUCCGCAUUGGCAUGGUAGAACAUGUGGCCACGGCGCACAAAUUCGUUGAGCAGGGUCAUGUAAGAGUGGGGACCGAAGUGGUUACUGACCCGGCCUUCCUUGUAUCGAGGGGCAUGGAGGAUUUUGUGACCUGGGUGGACAGCAGUAAAGUGAAGAGGCAGGUUUUGGAGUACAGGGAGAAGUUGGACGACUUUGAUUUGCUGUGA